AUCUUCAGUGGGACAUAUGUAAUACACCUGCACUUUAUUAAAAAAAAGAUGAAUAGGUAAAUAAAGAUGAGGUCCACACAGCUUUCGUGUUCCUGCAUAGUCCGUAGACACGCCUUUAGGUUUAUUUUACUGUUCAAACAUGGUUCUCGUCCCAGGCUAUUUCACUUAAAGUGCAUAAUACCGUGCGAGUAUAAUGAUCAAGUAGAUAACAACUGAUAUUUUCAUAUUAUUGUCAAUUGGAUUAAAAUCUAACAAUAACGUGUAUUUCUUUAACAGUAAUGUCAGUAACAGAGUCUUUCUUUAUACAACGUUGCAGGUCAAUCCAGACCUGCUGUCUGUGUUUAUAUCGGUUUCUCUGUGUUUUUACAGCUUCAGUUAUCUUUGCACAAGACAGCGGAGCCCGAGUAAAAGCACAUCCCUUGCUUUUACAAUUUAUACUGUGCAGCCAACGUGAUGUCCAGAUAAUUUAGCAGGAUUUUUGAUGAUGUGAACGCUUUUAGAAGAUUGUCCUUUACUUACCACUAACAAUUCUGUGGAGGAAGUACUAGUGGCUUCUCAUUCCUAAACCAGUAUAGGUUAGAUUUGAAACUCAAAAUGUAAAGACUGUUUUAGUACAGUUUUGUCCCGAUAUCUGUCUGAGCUUCUACCACUUUCAACACAGCGAUGUGAUCAGCUGGGCUUCGCUCCUUAAGUGACUCCCGGUUUUUAAAACUACAGAGACUCACAAGCCCCGCUCUGUGGGAGCGGAGAGGCCAGUCUCUCUUCCGCCUCGUACAGAGAAGCAGUUUUACUUUCGGUUCUCACUUCUUGAGCUCUGGGUUUACUGUAAGCUCCCGCGGGCGCGGUCUCCUGGUUUGCCCGAGUGAUGUGCGAGACGGGUCAGCAGCAGCUCCGGCUGAGAUUCGAGCGGCUGGCGGCGGAGAUCUCCCGGCAGGUGGACAGCGGUCAGCUCCGGCGGCUCAAAACGCAGUGGUCAGGACAGGUGGCCGGGCACGAGCUGCAGGCGGCGCGGGACGCGGGUCAGCUGCUGGUGAUCCUACUGGAGGCGGGGCGCGUUUCUCUGACCAGUCUGGGCUCGAUCAAGGACCAGCUCGAGUCGCUGUCCCUGCACAGCCUGGUGCAGCUCUGCCGGGAGUACGAGCGACAGGCCGGCGAUUUCCUCGGCGGAAUGAGAGUCCAGGAGCUCCGCAGCCACACGGUCGAGACCUUCUGCAGCGCGCGGCGGCCGGAGCCCGAGAGCGGGUGGGCUGGCGGGGCGGGGAGGAGCGCGCCCGAGGAGAGCGACGAGACUGAGUUCUGCAGCACGCAGCUGCCGCCGCGGGGGCGAGACGCGGCGCCUCCGGGCCACGGGACCCCGCCUGGCAGCGGAGGUGUCUGUCUGUGGGAGGCAGGAGCACUGCAGGCCUUUGACAGGCUGAAGCCGUUCAGCGCUCAGGAGGUGCAGGCGAUCAGCAGGCUGCUGGGGGACCCCCCUCGCCCCCCAGGACCUGAGAGCGGUGCUGUGAGUGUGAGGGAGCUCCUGUCUGCCACUGGGGGCCCUGCUGCUCUGCGCCAGCUCUGCAGAGCCUUGAAGACCCUGAAUCGGGACGACGUGAUCUCUGCCAUGCACUCCCAGCGGAACCUGCUGCCUGCCCUGGGGCCGAGACGCAAGGAGCAGCUGGUGAGAGACCUGCCCUUCUCCGUGUGGCACUCCUUCACUGUGGCGCUGAGCGUUGAGCAGGAGGACGGGCGAGACUGGAGGCUCCUUGCUGAGAAAGUGGGCAUCUCGGCUGCCUACCGAGAGCUGUGGAAACAGAAGUCGAAGAUCCCUGCGGAAGAGGUCCUGAACUCCUGGAAGAGUAAAAUCAGCGAGGCCACGCUGGACAAGCUGUUCGAUCACAUGAUCGCCAUGGGGCGCGAAGAUCUGGCCGACAUGCUGUGAAGCCGACAGCUCGAGACGCGUCUCCAGUCCGCCGUUCCGGGCGCCUGGUCAGAGAGGCAAACACCUUCCUGCUGGUUUGCAGCAGCAGAGCACACAGCACUCUGGGGAGGAAGACAACAGUCUGCUUCCUGUCUUCCACUCAUUCCGAGCGCCCCAGAAGAAGAUUUCAGACUGGUCCUGUGAAACCACUGUGUUUUUAUGCUGUUCCUGUAGACCUGGGGUUGUGUGUGAGGUCACAGGCUGUCUAGAAUGGUCAGGAACAGCCUAACCAAAGAGUACAGAGCAGUGCUGAACUGUGCAAAAGACAGAGACUUUAUGACGCUAAAAAUGUAAAAUGAUUUGUAAAGCAAUGCUCUUAAAUCUCAGCCCAGGAUUUUACACUGUUUUUCUAUCAAUUUUAAAAAUACAUUAAGAUGACGGGUUUAUUUCGUCUUCUGCAGUUACAUUUCAGUUUUCACUGAAAAGCAUGUGCUGGGACAGAAAACAAAUAACAAUAAUGCGUUAAUAAAUUGAAAAUAAGUUGUACAGAUAAGGCGUGAGAUCUCAAACUGGGGGAUGUAAUUAGAGGUUUGAACACUUUUGUUUCUAAACCAGACCAGUAAUUUGGGGUCUUAGAAUCUGUAAACUAAUCACAUUUGCAAAGUGUACCAAAACACGAGAAUUAGCAAACA